UGAAAUAUCAUUAACAGUGUGAAGCCCAAGUGCGAUAGGUGUGAAGAAACCGGCGAACAGCAAGUGGAAGUUUAAAAAUUCUUCGUGAAAAUCAUAUUUAAAAUAAUUAUAAAUACUCAAAGUACUUCAAAAAACCAAAGUGCGUAAGAUGGCAACAAAAUCUCUGCUCUCCUUGUUGUUGGCAACAAUUGUCAGCAGCGCCUUAGCGCAAUCGCCUGUGGACUGGCAGCCAUUGCUCGACCAGCAAAACUUGGCCCUACGCCAGGUGGUGCAGACAAUGCAAAUGACCCGUGGCGCAGCCGUCGGAGCUGAGGAAACCGAUGCCUGUUUCGAUUGGUAUUUGGAUAAUCAGACGGCGAUCAAUGAAGUCUACUAUAAGGAGUACAACGAUUGCAAAAAUACGGCAACGGCGGCAAAGAAAUUGCUUUCGGAGCAAAGUGCUUUGGAACGUCAAGAUCUUUUGGAUGAUGGUCACUCACUUUGCUCAUCGUUGGCUGCUUGUGAAAAGAUCUCCGAUGGUCUGGAGUUUUUCCAAUGCUACAAUAAGGCGUCUGACGAUAACAGCCCGAAAUUGUUUAACAUGUCCGUCACAUCGGAGCGCGUCGCUAACAAAUUGACAAUUUCAUAUCAAACCAUUAACGACACCGAACGUGUGUGUACUACUAACGCGCGUGUUAAGAACGUGAAUGACUUAAGUGUUAGUAGAGCGUAUCUAAAUGAUUGUUUAAUUGGAGAGUGGAGCCCACCAGAAGGUGCCGAUCAGUCAAAUGAAAGCCGGAUGUUACUCAAACAGGACCCUGAGCCAAUCGCUCGCAUGCUAGCGUUUAAAAACAAUAGACUGAUUGUAGGCGCAUGAGUCGCAAAAGAAAGAAUGUUAUAGAGUAAUACUUAUUUAUAAUUUAUAAAUUUUUAUAAUAAAUAAAAA